AUGCUCGCCGCCGAGUUCCUGCGCAACGGGCGCUCCCACGCCGAGGCCCUGGUGGCCUCGGGCGCCGCGGCGAGCCUCGCGGAGGCGAAGUGGGCCGUGGUCAUCGUCGACUCGAGGACCUUCACUUUCCGCGCCGGGAAGCCUGACAUGGAGCUGGCUCUCGUGCCCGCACUUGCCAGAAAUUCUCUCUUUUCCGGCCGCCGUUCCGAUAAUUAUGAUCCCCCGCACCUUGCAUCUCAAAGGGGAGAAUGGUACAUGAUGGCGCUUGCGACACGUUGGGGAGCGUGGCACCACGCAGCCGCGCUCUGA